AUGGCAAAACUCUUCGUAAUAUUCAGUAUUCUUAUCAUCCUUGCAUCAAUACCCGAUACUCGUUUCGUAAAGGCGGAGUUAUCCACUAAAGAACGAAUUAAGAAACAUCAAGAGUGGCUGAAAGAGCAUCGAAAGCCAAAGGCGCGAAAGGUGCAACCGACCAACUCAUAUUAUGAACUGGCCAACUUGUGGCACACACGAAAGAAUAUAUCCCUUAAACAGAAACCGAGUAACAAGAACGAUUACCUGGAAAACGAGACGAUUAGUAAAGUAUCAAACCAAACCGAUCUUAUAGUAUUAAAGCCAACGAUAUUAUUAAUAAAUGGUACAAAUCGCAAUGAUGUCUUACCAUCUACCCCCAAUCCGGAGACAACAACAUUGGCAACAGCAUUGAAACCAACUGAAAGCAGCAAUAUUGAGACGACAAAACAAACUCCAAGUGUCGUAGAGGAGGUCUUCUCCUCCCCAAAUCCGAUGAGAGUAAUGACCACAAAGAAGCUGAGGAAGAAAGUGUAUCCAUAUCCACGGUGGGAUAAGUGGAGUACCUGGAGCGAAUGUUCGCGCAGUUGUGGCGGAGGCGUGAGGUAUCAAAUGCGAAAAUGCAUUAACCGAAACCCCACAACAAAUAAUCAGCUUACGAGUAAUGCCUGUGUGGGUUACUUUAAGCGUUAUCAGCUUUGUAAUGAUGUUCCCUGUGAUGGACAAUCUCCGGAUUUUCGAGCUUCUCAGUGUACGAGUUACAACGAUAUAGAGUUUCAUGGUCACCGAUAUACGUGGGAACCGUAUAUAAAGGAUGAUGCUGAAUGUGAACUAAACUGUAUGCCAUCUGGAAUGAAAUCGUUUGCCACACUUAAUGAAUCCGUAAUCGAUGGCACGCCCUGCCGACAUCCAGCGGAAUACUACAGAUCGCACCUUUGGAGCCGUGCUGUGUGUGUUGAUGGUGCUUGCAAGGCCGUCCAUGCCAGUGGUGACAUUGAUGGAUUGUAUGCCCAUAGCGGCUCCGUGAGCUGUGGAGGAUUGUUGUGUCGACCUGUCACGGGAAUCUUCACGCGAGAUCCCCUGCCGGAUCAUGCCUAUGUACACGUCACAACCCUACCUGUCGGUGCCUCCAAUAUUUCGAUUACGGAACUUAAAAAUAGCAUCAACUUGCUAGUCCUGCGAACUUCCAAGGACGACUCUAUAUUUAAUGGCGAGAAUGCGGUUUCGGAGAGUGGAUCCUAUGAAGGCGUUGGUGCCACCUUCGACUACCAUCGAAUCGAUGGAGCACAUGAUAGCAAUGGAGUUACCGAAUGGAUAACAAGUAUUGGACCCAUUAGGGAGUCGCUGCAACUUAUGGUUUACACCAAAACGUCCAACAAUACUGGCAUCAAGUACGAGUACAUGCUACCAAUUAUUUCCGAAUCGGAGGAGAACGAAAUGUCCCUGGAGAGCAGUGACGGGCUGUUGAGGUCCGGCACGGAGGACACCAGCUCAUCGAGCAGCUCCCGAGGCACUGGUCGCAAACGUAUCUUUAAUUGGAAGGUAAUUGGCUUCAGUGGCUGCACCAAGUCCUGUGGCGGCGGCACCCAGACACCCAUCAUCCGGUGCAUUCGCAAGAACCCCAUGCGCUACUACUCCCAGCGCCGUUGCAUGCACUCCGUGAAGCCCGUGCUGAACGAGAACCUGCUGCACUGCAACACGCAACCCUGCCCGGCCUACUGGCGCUUCGACGAGUGGGGCGAGUGCCGGUGCCUGAGCAGCGGUGCAUUCCGGCGACGCGAGGUGAGCUGCGUCCAAGAGCUGGCCUCCGGACUGGUCAUCCAUGUGGAUAAGGCUGCCUGCAUGGAGGACCAGCCGCCCACACAGAAGCAGUGUGAGUGUCCCAAGAGUAGUCGUCGUCGCAACCUUGCCCGAUAUCGCCUGCAGGGCAAUAGUAACUUCGACUCGGCGAACUCAAGUACCCAGGUGAAGCGGAGCAAGAUCGAUGGAACGACGGCUGUGAAUGCCAUCUGGUUGAUGUCCGAAUGGAAUCAGUACUGCUCGGUGACGUGUGGAUCCGGGAUCGAGUAUCGCACCGUCUUCUGUGACCGCUCCAAGGCUGGGGAAGAGCGCUGCGAUCCGAGUGCCACGCCCGAGAGUCGGCGGCCCUGCGAGAAGCCCAGUUGCGAGGUGGGGGAUUGGUUCACAGGUCCAUGGUCUUCGUGCAAUGGUGAUUGCUUCGAUCUGACCAGGAGCCGGCAGGUCCUGUGCAUUCAAAAUCAACUGAUUACCGAGGACAAGGAAUGCAAGCCGGAGCUGAAGCCGCAAGCCAUUGAGAAGUGUUCGCACGAAGAGGUGGAAUACUGCGCUGCCCGCUGGCACUACUCGGAGUGGUCAGAGUGUACCAAGCCUUGUGGCGGUGGUACCCAGCGGCGCAGUGUCAAAUGCCUGGAGUACGACCUCAAGCUGAACGCUCUGCGGGAAUCAACGCAAUGUCGGUAUGCGAGCAGGGAUCCUAUAUAUCGCAACUGCAAUGUGGAAAAAUGCGAAGAAGUGAAAAAAAUCGAAGCUGUACCCACCUGUACGGAUAAGUUCGCCAACUGCCAGUGGGCUGCCCAAGCCAAGCUGUGCGGCUAUGAUUAUUAUCGCGAGAACUGCUGUACUUCGUGUACUUCUUGAGUCAUCCUUAAGGAUCAUACUUAACUUAUAAACUGAAUCAUUUACGUAUAUAAAUUUGUGGUUAAUUUCAAUAUAUCUGUAUAUGUAUUUCUGACACUAAAGCUCAACGUAAAGCUUGCAGGGAAUUGCAAAAAUCAAAUAUAUUCAGUCAAGAACAAAGAACAAUUCAAUAAUACAAUUACACUUCUCAUUAAAACAUA